ACUUCGAUUCCCAUGCCCGUUUCAAAAACAGUCCUUCUGGUCACGUCCCACUCGUCGCAUGUCACCUCUGAAGCUGAAGUGGGUGUGUUUGUGUGCAGAAUGCAGCCACCGUACGUACGUGAGCAUCUGCAAAUCGACGGCUCCGAUGCUUCCAUCUGCAAGCGGGUCGUGUCAUGGGAACUAAGCGCCAUCAGAGUCCCCGGAUACGUCUACCUCAUGUACUUUGCGCCCACUUCCCGCCCUUGGUCAUCCGCCGCUCUCAUCAUUCAUCACCCAUUCGCUAAAUCCUCGACAUGCCUCAACACGACAGCCACUAUUUUCCUCGCCAUAUACGGUAGUUUCGACAUAUCAGAUAACAUUUAAAUAUGCCGCACCGCCUCUCCGAGCCAUAAACAACUUAAACUGUUGGUCUUUUAUCGGUGCGGCUCGAUCCGUGCGUCCGCACAACAAAAAAUAUGCGAGAAAGUGUCUGCCGUCGAUUUUCGAUCGACGGAUCAUGAUACCUCGUGCGUAUAUUUACGCCUAAACCACCCCGAGAACAAAAGUCGACCCGACCGGCUAAGGCGGUGUAGGGGAUCGAACGGAGCGAGGAGCGAGGUACGGCCCCAUCGGAGAGCACGAAUCUCGCAGCAACACCCUCUCCUUAUUUGUUGCCCAUCUGGGAUCCAACGGCGAGUAAGAAUGUGCGGCCACGUCGGUCACAUCACUGUCACACGCCUCUCGCUCUGUCUUCGUUGGGUGGUAAGUAAAGGCCGGUAAAACCCUAGUCUUUCUCUCUCAUCAUUUGGGCCAAAAAUAUCUACAAAUGUGAGUGUAUAUAUAUAUAGUGAGGAGAAGGCAGAAAAAAGAGUAUCCACAACAAGCAAUGAACCUGUACCCCAAGGGGAAGGGAAAGGUCCACCCGUCGCCAGCGGCGCCACCGUCUGCCGGUGGAGACGAAGGAGGGUCCUCGGUCCAUAGCCACGACGCGCUCGCCGUGCUCAAGCUCCUCCCGGCAGCGAUCCUGGCCCUCACGGCCGCGCUGACUUGCGAGGACAAGGAGGUGCUGGCGUACCUGAUCACGCAGUCGAUCAAUGGUCCCGCCGCCGGAAUGGAGCCGAGGCGGCGCCGGGAGGCGAUGCCGCCGGCUCAUCGGCCGCUCUUCGACUGCGGAUGCUUCGACUGCUACGCCAGCUUCUGGUCGCGGUGGGACUGCUCCCCCGACCGCGAGCUCAUCCACCAGGCUAUCGAGGCGUUCGAGGAGCGCCUUGCGAGCUCGGAGAACAAGGGCGGUGGUGACGGCUGCAAGGGGCGGCGGAGGGAGCGGCAGGCGAGGGAUAGAGCUGAGAAGGGGAAGGGGAAGCGGAAGAAGGAGCGGGGGAAGUCGGUGGAGGUGGAAGCGUCGGUGGUCCACGAGCUGAAGUUGUUCGAAGCAUCGGUGGCCAGUGGAGCCGCCCGCUUUUCGGGCGAAGUGAAGGAAGCCUCAGAGACAGCAGAGCCCGCAACGGAGGUAAAGGGCGAGGAGAGGAGCGGGGAAGAGGAAGCGGUGGCGGUGGCUGUGUCCAACGAGAGGCGGAGGGGAUGGCCGGACCUGAUGGGGCUCUUCAACCCUCGUUUAUGGAGCCUUUGGUGUCCGGGCAUUUGAGGUCAUUUUGUUUUCUCUCUCUCUUAAUUUAAAUGAAAAAAAAAAUCAAAAAAAGAGAAAAUAUAGAAAAUAUAGCUUAAUUGGGUGGUGCUGUUUUGGAAUUUUGAGUCCGCAGAUGCUGUUUAGAGAGUUGUGUAAAUUGUCCAUGUUCCCUAUUUCCGGUAGUUUUGCUGUUUUUUUUCUGGCCGGGAUAUAGAUAUGUGGAUAUAAUUUAGAUAUGUUGUGCUUUACUCAAUCACAGCAUUACUUUAUGUCUAAUAUGGCCCAUGUAAUAUUGCAAUAGCUAGUUUGUAUAAACCAGUUUCACUCAAACUACAAUUGCUAUCGUUGGAAGCUA